AGCUUAAGGUGAUAUGACUUGGGUUGUUUAGCUAGUUUUGGAUAAAACAGCAAAACUACUGUGGUUUUAUUAAAUAUACACGUGUAAGUGGAAGGUCAGUUAUUGCAGUAUGCCGAAACCAACUUUUCAAACACAAUAUUGAGCUGGUACAUGCCUUAAUUUAAAUUUAAAACGUGACAUUUAUGAAUAUUAAUAAGCAAAGUUUACAUCUUGCUCGAUGUUGAUCAGGAAACUGGGCUUUGAAAACUUUCUUCUACGCAACGUUGAAAAGAGCAGAUAUUUGGAGUCAUGAAACUGUUGCCACCAGACUCUGUGCGCCUGCUGUCCAGCUCCCAGGUCAUCACUUCUGUGUUGAAUGUUGUGAAAGAGCUGCUGGAGAACUCUCUGGAUGCUGGGGCUUCAAGCAUUGAUGUGAAAAUGGAGAAUUAUGGCUUGGAUCGCAUAGAAGUGCGUGACAACGGUCAUGGAGUCAAAGCUGCAGAUGCUCCUGUAAUGGCUGUGAGACAUUUCACCUCCAAAAUUUGUAGCCACGAAGAUCUGGAGCAUCUGGAAACCUAUGGCUUCAGGGGAGAAGCAUUGGGCUCAAUCUGUGCCGUGGCUGAGCUGUCUGUUACCACAAAAACAGAGGAGGAUGACAUCAGCACCCAGUACACUCUUGACCCCACUGGGAAAAUAGUUUCUCAGAAACCAUCUCAUCUUGGUUGUGGUACAUCAGUGACGGUGCUGAAACUCUUUAAGAACCUUCCAGUGAGAAGACAGUAUUACUCUUCCACAAAGAAGUGCAAAGAAGAACUGAAGAAAGUGCAGGAUCUGCUCAUCACCUAUGCUAUUAUAAAACCUGAACUGAGAUUAUCUCUAGUUCAUAACAAGGUGGUGGUUUGGCAGAAGACCAAGGUCGCUGAUAACAGAAGUGCCCUCCUGGCCACGCUGGGGCCCAGUGUUGUUGCCAACCUGCUUCAGUGCCACCAGGAGCAAGAGGAACCUGAGAUUGUCUUGGAUGGUUUCCUUCCUAAACCAGGAGCCGAUUACUCGUCUACGAGCUCGUCUACUCCUGAUAAAACCUUCCUUUAUGUCAACAAUCGACCCGUCCAGCUAAAGGAAAUAAUGAAGCUGUUGCGUCAACACUACUGUGCUCAGUAUUCUGAAGAUGCUGUUCGAAAUAGAUACCCCACCCUUAUGCUCAACAUCACAGUGUCUCCUUCAUCUGUGGAUGUGAAUCUGACACCAGACAAAAGCCAGGUUCUCCUUCAUAACAAGGAAGCUGUGCUGACAGCACUAGAGGCCUUGCUGGUCUCCCUCUAUGGCUUUCGGCUCAGUUCUGACCCAUCCUCUGAGAAGCAGUCGAGUCAUGAGAAGGUUGUCCCACCACCGAGUCCUCUGCAGAUGGAUGAUUUACAAGAAGAAAAAAGAGGAAGCACAGAGAAGGCUUUGAGUCUCAAUGAUGUUGAAGAUAAUGGACAUAAACAUGGUGGAACAGUUUCAUCAACAGGAAACGCUGAUGUGCUAAUCGACCGCCAGCCCUCAAACUGCAGCUCCUCAUCCUCUAUAGCAGACGACUGGAUUGUCAACCGCAUCCAAGCGGAGCUCCAAUCAGACUUUUCCCUUUGUGAAAUUGAAAUGUCAGAAAACCAAUCUGGGGAGAGUCUUACAGACGCUGAAUCACCAGCUGCUGGCACCAGUGAAGACCAAAUACCAGCUGUGGAUUGGAGUCGGGGCACAGCUCUGAUUGAUCCCUCAUCAGGAGAGCCUCUGCAGCCCGUCACCAUUCACCAGCCGUCUAAGCACAAUCAGUCAGACUUUGCUGAGGUCAAGCGUCAGAGCAGCCCAAACAAAAAGACGGUCAAUUCUAUAACAGAGAAAGGAGCAGCUCUCACAGCUUACGACAUGAUCAGUAACCGAACCAUCAGAGGGCCACUGUCUGCUGCUGCCCUGUUUGAGAAGGAGGCCAGAACGGAGGUUCUCAGGGAGAAACCUACAGCCAGUCUGCAGGAAAUCAGCACCACCGUUCACGAGAGGUGGAAAAACCUAAGGGAGGAAGACCGUAAGAAGUAUGAGGAAAAGGCAAAGAAACAUCUGGAACAUCACGGCCAAAAGACCAAACAAGUUUCAGAAGACGCGAGCACGCCGAAGGCACAAAUGCCGGGCCAGAAGCGCAAAGCACCGCUGUCCAACCAACAGCUGCUCGACGAGCUCUUCGCCGCACACCCCCAGAAAAAGUUGAAGAAGCCGGAGUGUAAACCCUUUCAGCCCCUCCCGUGUAGCGUGGCCGCACUUCGCCUAAAGCUCCAGCGCCUCUCAUCCCAGAACCACGCAACGCCACAGGGCCUCCAACUUGUAAACCGACUGGCCUCUCAGAAUGCCUGGGUCCUUUUAAAUGGUCAAAAGCUGAUGUUGUUAAAUCCGUUUCGUGUGAAUGAAGCCUUGCUGUUUAAGAGACUUCUAGAGGAUAAUAUACUUCCUGCAGUGAGUCUGCAAAACCCGGUGCAAUUAACAGAUGGAAAUCUUGGUGGAGUUCAGUACACCGAGACGCUGUGUGGCAUGGAGAAACACAAGCCACAGCUGGACGGGGGGGUCUUUUUCUCUGAUCCCAGACUGGUGGCUAAUGGGUUCAAAAUCAAACUCACUGCAAGCCACAUGUCAGCAGAGAGACAUCUGGAAGUGACGGCAAUGGCAGACUGCGUGCCUUUUCUUGGCGUGGGGGACCUCAGGGAGAUCCUGACAGCUGUUCUCCACAGGAAGGCCUCGACUGUGAAAGAGUGCCGGCCGCUCAAAGUCAGGAGCUACCUGCAAAGUGAAGCGGUUCGCCUGGCCCGGCAGCUGCCUACCAAUUUAUCUCGGGAAGAUGCGGAGGAAACUCUCCGACAGAUGAAACUGCAGCUCAGUGAGGACAACAGAGCCUGUAUCCACGGACGACCGUUCCUCCAUCACCUCAGUGACAUCCCCUCUACUGAUGAGGAAGCUAUGUCUCUUUUUAGACCUUUGACAUUUUAAAGAAAUUAAAUUAUCAGAUUUUGACAUUCAUCUAUAAGGGUUUACAAUAGGUUUGUCAUUUUCUAGUGAUAAUAUUUAAAGUUUGUUUUUCCCCAGUAUAUGUUGAUGACCUCACUUUGUGUUUACAGGUGGAGUAAUUCUAUAAGCAUUACUGUACAAAAACAAAA